AUGGCAGAAAGUGAUUUAGCAAAACAAUUAAAUCGCAUUGAGUCGAUGACAAAUGUUGAACUACGUGCGGAAUUGAAACAACGUGGAUGUUCAACAUCAGGAGUUAAAAAAGAUCUUCUAGCUAAAUUACGCACUGCCCUGCAAAAAGAAUAUCAAGAUAAUUCUGUUGGACUGACACAGAAUGAAACAUCACUCCCAGAGACAGUUAUACCCAAUCAUGAUCAAGUUAAUUCUUCGACAGUGUCGCAAACUGUUUGCAUAUCCUCUGUGCCUGUCAUUUCAAUUUCUCGAGUUGAUGUACACUCGAAUGUAUCCCCACCAGCACCGAGAAGGAAUACACGAACAUCAAGUAGAAAGUCGUCUGCUGAACAGAACAAUCUCGAAGAGAAAUCGCAUUUAUUCACUGUUGGUAUUAGCAAUGAUAAAUCAGAUACUGCGAUUGAGGAUACUCGUUUGUCUGAAGAACAAAACACGCAAAAUGAUGUGUCCAUUACGCCUAAUGAAAACUCUGAGCCAACUCCAUCAGUUCAAGAAAAAGAUCAAAGUACAUUACCAAUUGCAGACAAACAGCAAGAAAUUUUAAAAAAAGACGAAUUAUCAUCCAUUGCCAAUGAAUCGGAAUCAGCAGCCUCUCAACAAUCGAAACAAUCUCGUUCGCAAUCUGCACCAUUUAUAAAAAGUUACAAUCGAUCGACAACUAACAAAAUCAAUCUCUCAAAUGAACUUCUAAAAACAUUUAUUUCUGAUCUGAGUUUGUUGCCUGAAUCAAUUGCCAAUGCUGAGCUGGAUGCGUCCAUGAAUGAUGAUAACAUUGCACCAUCGUCAACAUCGAAUGGAGCAACGCUUGAAACUAAUCAAGAUAAUUUCAGUUCGAUGACUAUCGGAGAUUUAGCGGAUGGAAAGCAGUCCAUAAGUCGAACUGUUGUUAUGGAUAUUCUUAAUAACAAUGACGAUCUUUCGAAGAGAAAACAAAAUUCUACAGCAACUUCUUCCAUUGCUGAUGAACCAGUUCGGAUCAAACACGCCCUUGCAACUGACGAACCACCAAGUGAAAUUCUUUACAUUCGUGGUCUAACCCGUCCGUUUAGUCUCCUGCAACUGAAAGAGCUUCUUGGUCGCUAUGGAACAUUGAUUGAUGGCGAAUUUUGGCUGGACAAAAUCAAAAGUCAAUGUUUCGCCACCUACAACACCUUAGAAGAAGCCAAACAUGCUCGCGAGGCAUUAGAUGGUUGUCGAUGGCCCUCGACUAAUCCUAAAACAUUAUCGAUUCGAUAUGGUCGACAUGAAGAACUACAAUUCAGUAAAACUCAAGAUUUGCCACCAGAUCAAAUGUCUGUUGGUGAGAACGAUGCAUUUGUUCGAUUGACACAUUCUAGUUUCCUUGCCAUAGGUUCAUUGGAUCGCGUUAUGCAACAACAAGCGAAUGCUUCGGCACUAAAACGAUCUACCAGUUCAGUGAAUGAAACAAAUCCUCGUUCAGAUGAUCAAGAAUCGAAGAAAUUAAAAAUCGCUGAACCCCCACACAGCGGAUUUCUAAUCAGCGAAGAUGAGCCAGAAGAAGAAACAGAAAUAGAAGCAGUACCCAAUAAUGAAGCAUCAGGAAAAGAUUUAGAUGAUUAUUUUCGCAAGACAAAAGCUAAACCAUCAAUCUACUGGUUAUCAUUAACAGAAGAACAAAUAGUUGAACGUGAUCGUCAGGCAGAACGUCGACGAGCGGAACGUGAGGCCAAUGCUGCUUUAGUCGAAAAAAAAACUCAUUCCAAACGAAAGCAUAGUUCACCACCAUUUAGACGACGUUGA